CCCUGCUGCGCGAAGAUGAGGAGCAGAAAGGCCUCCUGUGCCCUGGAGACCGUCUGGGAGGACAAGCAGAAGCAUGGGGAGGCUGAGCGGCGCUCCCACCAGCACCAGGCCGCGCGAGCCCCCACCGCCCCGCAGCUCCCGGCUCAGGUGCCCGCCGUGAACGGGCCGGGGCAGGACGCCGAGGAGGCCGAGGCCCCGGGCGGCAGCAGGGCCAGUCCGCGGCAGAGCCACCCCGGCAGGCAGCCCCUGCAGAAGAAGAGGAAGCGCUCCCCGAAGAGCCGGCUGGCCCGGGCAGACCUGGCCCUCGUGGGCCUCUCGGCCGACCGCGUGUGGCUGGAGAAGCCGCUCUUCGACCAGGCGGAGAGCUCCUACCGUCAGAGGCUGGCAGACUUGGCCGCCCAGGCAGCCCGGCCACCGGCGCUGGCCCCCAGGGGUCCUUGCACCCACGGAAGCCAGGUGGCCUGCCACCAUGUGACCUGGGGCAUCUGGGUCAACAAGUCUGCCUUUGACCAGGCCGAGCGGGCGUUUGUGGAAUGGUCUCAGGCUCUGCUGCUGGCCACCGAGGGGAGCAGCGGGCAGGGGGCUCCUGACAGGGGCCCGCAGGCACCAGCCGUGGCCCUGGCCCUCACCCACCAGCCCUGCUCACCAGCCAACGGCCAGCCCCCUCUGGGCAGCCUGCAGGCGCUGGUGCGGGAGGUGUGGCUGGACAAGCCCCGCUAUGAUGCAGCCGAGAGGGGCUUCUACGAGGCCCUGUUCGACGGCCACCCCCCCGGGAAGGUGCGCCUGCAGGAGCGAGCCAGCCAGGCCGAGAAUGCCAAGCGGGCACGCAGAGACCGGCGGGCCCGCAACGCCACGGGAAGCAGGCGGGCCGAGCUGAGGCGGGCCGAGGCGGGGCUCCCUUCGUCUGCCCUGCCCUACUGGUACUUCCUGCACAAGGAUGCCGAGGCGCCCUGGCUCAGCAAGCCCACCUACGACAGUGCUGAGAGCCGCCACCACGCUGCGGAGGCCCUGCGCGUGGCCUGGCGCCUCGAGUCCACGGCUCGGGUGCACCGGCCCAGUGCGCGCUCUGGCCCGUCCACGUCCAGCCUGAGACCCAACAGGAAAAUGGCCACAAACUUCCUGGUACACGAGAAGAUCUGGUUCGACAAGUUCAAGUACGAUGAUGCCGAAAGGAAAUUCUACGAGCAGAUGAACGGGCCUGUGACUGGCUCCUCGCACCAGGAGAACGGCGCAAGCGUGAUCCUCCGGGACAUUGCGAGAGCCAGAGAGAACAUCCAGAAAUCCCUGGCCGGAAGCUCAGGCCCCGGAGCUUCCAGCGGGCCCGGCGGAGACCACAGCGAGCUCCUCACCCGGAUCGCCAGCCUGGAAGUGGAGAACCAGAGCCUGCGGGGAGUGGUGCAGGACCUGCAGCAGGCCAUCGCCAAGCUGGAGGGCCGUCUGAGCGUGCUGGAGAAGAGCUCGCCGGCCCACCGGGCCACCGCCCCGCAGACCCAGCACGUGUCGCCCAUGCGCCAAGCCGAGCCGCCCAGCAGGAAGGCGGCACCGGCACCGGCACCGGCGGCCGCGGCCGAGGACGAUGAGGACGACGACGACGACAUCGACCUGUUCGGCAGCGACGAGGAGGCCGACAAGGAGGCCGUGCGGCUGCGGGAGGAGCGGCUGCGGCAGUACGCCGAGAAGAAGGCCAAGAAGCCGGCGCUGGUGGCCAAGUCCUCCAUCCUCCUGGACGUGAAGCCCUGGGAUGACGAGACGGACAUGGCUCAGCUGGAGGCAUGCGUGCGCUCCGUCCAGCUGGACGGGCUGGUCUGGGGGGGCUCCAAGCUGGUGCCCGUGGGCUACGGCAUCCGCAAGCUGCAGAUCCAGUGCGUGGUGGAGGACGACAAGGUGGGCACCGACCUGCUGGAGGAGGAGAUCACCAAGUUCGAGGAGCACGUGCAGAGUGUCGACAUUGCGGCUUUCAACAAGAUCUGAGCCCCAGCCCCAGCCCUGGCGGCCCUGCCACCAUUAAAGACUGCAAUUCCC